AUGUUUUCUUGUUUCCAAGUUGACCCCUCUGCUGCUCUUAUGUUUGGGUGGGACAAUUCCGCCACUGAAGCUCUCUUUGCGAGAGCUGUUGUGGCGCCAUCGCAAAUUGCGCUUGCAUUUCUUCCAAUGGCGUUUUUGCGGCUAUGGCUUCCUGGCAAACAUGUGCCAUUUGGUUUUGUAAUUCCAGAAAUUGCAUGUUUGCGUUUUGUUGUGACUAAAAAGUUUUAUCCUCCAAUUGCGCUCGCGCGCGCUGGUACUGAUGGUAUAAAAAUAAUUCUGCCUCCUCCACUGCUGCCCAUCGGGCGCUGA